AGGAGGGAGGAGUGUCUGACAGUUGGCGCCGUCGGGAGGGAGGGCGGGCGGCGCGAGUGGGCGCGGGCCCGGUGGGCCAGGCUCCAGGGAGCAGCAUCAGGGCCAAGGGGACAAUGGUCUCGGUGACUAUGGCUACUUCCGAGUGGAUCCAGUUCUUUAAGGAAGCCGGCAUUCCUCCAGGACCUGCUGUCAAUUACGCCGUGAUGUUUGUGGAUAAUAGGAUUCAGAAGAGCAUGCUGCUGGAUCUCAACAAGGAAAUCAUGAAUGAGCUGGGAGUGACCGUGGUGGGCGACAUCAUUGCCAUUCUCAAGCACGCCAAGGUGGUGCACCGCCAGGACAUGUGCAAAGCUGCCACCGAGUCAGUGCCCUGCAGCCCCAGCCCCCUCCCAGGCGAGAUUCGCCGUGGCACCGCUAGUGCCGCCUCCCGAAUGAUCACCAACAGCCUGAACCGAGACUCCCCACCUGGCACUCCCCCCAGGCGGCCAGACACCAGCACGUCCAAGAUCUCAGUCACUGUGUCCAAUAAGAUGGCAGCAAAGAGUGCGAAGGCCGCAGCAGCACUAGCCCGCCGGGAGGAGGAGAGCCUGGCUGUUCCCACGAAGCGGCGCCGAGUCACUGCUGAGAUGGAGGGGAAAUACAUCAUCAACAUGCCCAAAGGUACCACCCCCCGGACCCGCAAGAUCCUGGAGCAGCAGCAGGCAGCGAAAGGUCUCCACAGGACAUCCGUGUUUGACCGCCUCGGCGCAGAGACCAAGGCAGACACGACGACAGGGAAUAAGCCCACAGGAGUUUUUAGUCGCCUUGGGGCCACCCCAGAGAUGGACGAGGAUCUGGCUUGGGACAGUGACAACGACAGCAGCAGCUCUGUCUUGCAGUAUGCUGGGGUCCUGAAGAAGCUAGGACGGGGCCCAGCCAAGGCCAGUCCCCAGCCAGCACUGACUGUCAAAGCCAAGGCCACAAGCUCGGCGACAACGGCCACUGCCCCGACACUGCGGCGCCUGGCUCUUUCCUCACGCCCUGGGCUUGAGAGGAAACCAGAGUCCCUGUCCAAAGUCAGCAUCAUCCAGAGACUGGGCAAGGCCGCCCUUGUGCCUGAGGCCCAGGACAGCCAGGUCACGAGCACCAAGAGUAAGUCCUCAGCCGAGGUCAAGGUCACCAUUAAGAGGACUCUGGUGGGGCCCCGGGGGAGCAGCUCCAGCGAGGGCCUUGGUGCCCAGAUGGACCACACGGGCACUGUGAGCGUGUUCAAAAGACUGGGCCGCAGGACCUUCUAGCCCACGUGUGGGGCGGGGUGCAGGCGGCAGAACCUGCAGGUGUCUGUUCCAGCCCCUCUCAGCCUCCUGGUUCCGUCUCCCCCUUGCCAGCUCCUGGAUGACACUGCUGUCUCCUCAGCCACUGUGGCCGGCCCGGCAUUUUGGGGACUCACCCAUGUUCCCUAGUCCGGCAUGGUUGUAGCCUGGCCUUGCCCACUCUGGGACUUUCCUUCUCUCAUGUCCUCUGUUUUCUCCUCUCUGUGGCCUUGGCAGAACCCACAUUUCUACCUCUCCCGAGUGCCAAGUGCUCUUUUCUCUCCUACAUUUCCCCUUCCUCCCUCUCAGCGGCAUCUGCUGCCCCAAACCCAGCUCCUCAGCCUCCCCGUCCCCCCAUUGCCCACAGGGUGGGUGUCACCCUGGGGGGGUCCCUCGUACUCCUAGCCCACGAUUUCCCUCACUCCUCUGUGCCUCCCCCAUUGCUGUAGUCUCUCUCCCCGCUCUUCACUCUGUUCAUUUCUCUUCUGUUUUCUGUCCCCGUGGCAAGGCCCGACUGUCCGCUGCGUCCUGCCUGACCCUCCUGCACCUCUGGCGUCCCAGCGGCCCCCUCGUCGACGGUGGCGUCGAGCCUGUAGAGACUGUUAGGCGCCUCCACUCCCGGGCUGGAGGGGCCUCCCCAGCCCGGGGCUGCGGCCGGGUGCCUCUGUUUUCCUGCCCUGGACGUCUUUUACUCUGAAAGUUGGUGGCGGGUGGUGGGCAAAGGCACUGGAGGGGAAGCCAGUACUGAGAGCGAAGUCAACGGCUGUUUUAAUAUAUUUUCGUGACUUUCAAA